AUGGCUGCCCCCAAAACCUACUUCGAAUCCACCACCUCGGCCUCCGCGUACAACAAUAGGAAGAACAAGGGCACGAUCGCUUCUUUGCAAGGAGAAAGUACGAGCAACUGGGGCACCGAGCAGCUAGAGGCGUGUAGGGUGAUUGUCGUCGAGAGUCAGGCCCGUGUUUUGCCGAGCCUCAAAACCGCACUCAACAACAACAAGAGCGAGCUAGACCUCUCCAAGUUUGCCUCACAGCUGAAGGAGCUUUGCGAAGACCAUGCAUGGAGCACUUGCAACAGGGAAUUUCCUACCGAAAUGGCUCAACGUAAGGCGUCGGCCAGGGAGAAUGAGUCUCAGAGGAACAGGCUUAAGUUGGAGAAGAAUGGCGUUGAGAAUGAGUCUCCUAGGACAAAACCCCUCGAAUCAGAGAAGAACAGCGCCAGCGCCAACGAAACAGCCUCACGCAAACCCUUCCAGCUCUGUAAAGGGCCUCUAACCCGUGCCACCGACGCCCCAGAGCCCCUACUCGAGCACCACCGCAUGUGGGACGACGACGACGACGGACGCUUCGCUCAAGUCUGGGCCGCCAUGGACCGUCUCCAAGCAUUUCCUACCGAAGAAUACAUGGCGUACAACACAGGAGACGACAAGGAAGAAUACACGGCAGACGAUACGGAAGAAGACGCGAAAGAAUACGUGGGAGAUGGCAUGGGAGACGACACAGGAGACGAGGUCAAUGGCGAGAACAUCCUUGAGGCCAUGGCCGAGAUGAACGCUAGCCGCCAUCAGGGCGGCAGUCUGGCCCAAGAGGGCCAUGAUGGGCCGGGCUACCAAGACGAUUCCUUUCGGAUGCCGCAGACACCCCGCCAGCCGGCCCGCAGUAGCUCUCGGAAACGCAAGCGUCCUUCUCCAAGAUUGCAUGCAACAAGAAGUACUACCGGCCAUGCUGCAACUCGCACCAUCCCCAACACUGCUCCCUCAGGGACCAUGCAAGUUGAGAACUCAAGCCCUCAGCCUGAACCCCCGUCGUCUCAGACCGACGUUUUCGUCCCAGACCAUGGGCCAUCGGCGAUGGUCGCUUAUUUUCCCGAGGACCUGACGGUCCUUUUCAUUUCAGCAUUCAUCCGGCAUACCCUGCCCUGGCUGCCCCCGCAAGCCAAGCCCACUCCAAACCCCGUCGUUGUCUUUGACGAUGCGCCGGCCUCUUAUUCCGUCGCACUUGGCGAUGUUUCAUUCAAGUCACGAGACGACGGAGGCUUGUCUGCCUACUACAACAGGCAACGCGUGGGCCGAGUUGCACUUCUUGAAGCCAAGAGGGUCGCCGACAGGCCGGUCGAGGGAAAGUUGCCCAUGUCCGACGCGCGGCUUGGACAGCUGGUUGGCGAGGCGCUUGCGGUAAGGCUUCAAGCAAAAGGUGUUUGGAUUGGACACCCGGAUCGGAUCAUAAUCAUCUCAGCUGCCCGUCUUUUUGCACGCUUUAUCGAGAUUUCUAUCACCAAUGACUAUCUUACGGAGCUGCGUGCCCAUACAACAGACGAGACGGCGCUUUUCGAGAAAUUCAUGGACAUCAGCUCCACGUGCUGGCUCGACCUCAAUGACGCUAGCGACCGCCGCUCGAUGGUUCAGAAUCUCGCGGGCCUCACAUUUUUGACUCGCGACACACUUGAUCCUUUGGCUCUCCCCUAG